GCUGUUUAAAUGUUUACAUUCACAUCGCCGAAUCUUCAGGGUCAUUUUAGCGUUGAAACUGCAACUUUUUGCCUUUUUCAGGGGAUUUUAGCCUCUCUUGACUGCCAAUUAGCGCUUGGCUUUCUGUAUUUCAACGUGAACUGUGCGCGGCUUGUGUUUUUCGCUCAGUCUGCUCCGCAACUUCGACCGAUAAAAGCGGCCGGAAAAACUUCCGCUUCAUUUUGUUAGUUUCGUUGCGGGAGAUAGGGAAAAUUGCUAACUGGUGCUUCACUAUCACUAUCAGACAGUAGAUAAAAUCAUGGAGGAGACAUAUCUGUACGAUCCUAGUCUGCUGCUAAAGCUGGACUUUCAUCGCAGUCCCGCCAACUUCAAGCCCUUCAUAUCGGCGUCCAAUCCCGGCGAGCCCUGGAUGAAAGUGCGUCCUCUCAAGGACACCGACUACGAUCGUGGAUUCCUACAGCUGCUCUCGCAACUCACCCAUGUGGGCAAUGUGAAUCGCACGCAGUUCUUGACCCGCUUUUCGCAGAUGAAGGCCAGUGGGGACUACUUUGUCACCGUCAUUGAGGACACUCGCAAGAAUGAGAUUAUUGGAGCUGCAUCCUUGGUGAUCGAGCGCAAGUUCAUCCAUAACUGUGCUGUGCGUGGCCGUCUGGAGGAUGUGGUGGUCAAUGACACAUAUCGCGGCAAGCAACUGGGAAAACUGAUCGUGGUCACCGUAUCGCUGCUGGCCGAGGAACUGGGCUGCUACAAAAUGUCGCUGGAUUGCAAGGACAAGCUGAUCAAGUUCUACGAGUCGCUGGGCUAUGUGGCCAUUCCCGGAAACUCCAACUCCAUGACGAUUCGCUACGAUGAGGGGCCAACGCUCAAGCGAAAUGCUACCUCAGCCGGCUCCAGUGGAACAGUGGGCGACUCCUGCCAAACUAACUCUCAAUUUUAUAAUUUUUUCUCCCCUUUCUGCUACUGAAUGUGCGGCUCAACUCUCAACUUCAAGGUGGUUGUAAUAUUACCUUUUAAGAGCACCUUCAUCAAGUAGCCCUAAGGUUGAAACACUCGCAUAAAUACACUGUUAUUAACACUAAUCGACUAUAGCGAUUAAAGUCCAAUACGAAUCUUUCAAAAACCUGUAAUGAUUGAAGAAAUUCAAUAAAAUGGACACUUUUUUAAAAGCCCAGAAUGUUCCU